AUGCACCACCCUCGUCCUCUGCCCCUGGGCCGAGCCCGGGCGAUUCGACAUCUGAGCCUCCCAGUUCAACUCCAAGACGCCGGGGCCAACCCCUGUCGGUCGAAACACCAGGAAGUUCUGUAUUUUGCCCUUGAGCCUGUCGACAAAGAUGAAUAUGGCAAGUGGCUCACACUUAAGGUUUGGUGGCUGAAGCGACAUGAACAUGCAGGUGGUGUUGACUUCAGCGUUACUCCGCAACUUCCAUCAGAUCUGCACCCAAGAGUGUAUGAAGUUGGUCUGCAUAAUGUCCGAGACGAUAAACCACUCCUCUCUGGUGACCUGAUCAAGCUUGAGACCCAUGAUCCGGAGAAUUAUCCCCUCCCAGAUAUGCGGAUCCUUGAAAUGCAGUGGAUCCUAAAUCGGGUGCUUGCCUUACGGGGUGGCGCAGAACCGAGGGACCUGGAGGAUGAUGAGUCGGAUGGAGACUUGGAUGAGGGACUUGACUAUUUCCCCAGGCCUGUGGUGUAA